CAUUAUGUCGAUGAUGUACGAAAUGACCCGAAGUAGCAGGAUAGCACUUUUCUUCUCCGUGUCAACAACCAAUUGACAGUUGCCUGUGCUUUUCCAUUUUCCAAUGAGUGAUGUAAAGAUGCCCGCCGCAACAAUAGAUAAGUCCGACCGCUCGGAUCAGAUGUGGAACGCGUUAAAGCGUCACAUCUUACGCGAUCGUGAGCGCAAGAAACAGGAACGCGAGGCGGAGGUCGAAGAGGAGCGUCUGCGGAAGGAACGCGAGGCCCGCGAACAGCAAGAUGUGAUGACUCUAGGCGAAACGAAGGAACAAAUCUCACAACUUGAGACCAAACUAGCACAUCUCAAGGAGGAAAAACAUCAGUUAUUCUUACAACUCAAAAAAGUACUUAAUGAGGAUGAUAAUCGUAGGAAACAGCUAACAAAGGAAGCUAGUGAUAUUGGGCCUAUGCAAACACUGCCAACUUUAGUGCAUCAGCAGCUUUAUAUGCCACCACAGCCAAUCUCAAGAGGCUUGCCUGUUUCUCAGCCUGCAUUUAAAGUUACAACAAAACGACCUAGAAGUCCAAGUCCGCCUCCAUCUUCAAUACCAGUGUAUCAUCAGAGUUAUCCACAUAAAAGUGCAGGUGCACCAAAUGCAACAUAUCAAUCUCCUCAAAGUAAAACUCAUAAAAUCAUAAAAUCCUAUGAAGAUGAUGCUAGACGUCAUGAAUUCCGAGCUGUAUUGUGGAACAAAACACCCUAUCCAAGCCAAGCCUAUUACACGCUGCCGUCGGUGCCACAACAGGAGUUGUCCAUGUACUACCCACAGUCGGGUGCACUGCAACCUCGCGAGCCUACGCGACAAGUGUUCGAGUCCACGGCGCGCUGUUUUGAGACGAAACCACUCGAGCAUUACGCUUUGCGCCAGCAGCCGUCACACAUUAUCCACGGUGGGUCAAUGCAACUGAAUGCUGCUCAACCGGCGAAGGCUGGCAGCAUCUCAGCUGGUUAUCCGGUGCGACAGACGCAGUAUCAGCCACCACCCACGCAGCCCUCGACGUUGUACACGACGCAAAGUCGCCCGCUGUACCAGUCGCCCGGUGGGCCGAUAAUCUAUCCCCCGCGGGAUAUUAUUUUUGACUGAUGAAUUAUAGUUUUUAUGUAUGUGUUUAGCUAGAUCUUCUUUUAGACAGUUCGAUAGGUAGGAAGGUGAGUGUAUAUAUGAGUACUUGAUAAUGUUUUUAACGGAUUCUGUACAUUCCUGCUGUAUGAAGAGAUGCGAUUUUAUUGAGGAUUUGUUGUGCUCUUAUUCGAUUGCAAAUAUAAAUUUUAAACAUA